UAUUGUUUUUCCUUCGACUGUCGCCCUCACGUCAUUCUGGAAAUUAAGUGUCAAAGCGAAUGACCCAAUAGUUUAUCGUACAGUGUUAUACUUUUGUGUUAAAGAAUAAUGGCAGUUUAAUGACGGGAUUAAAGGAUUUUGAAAGGAUUUCUUGAAACGACAACACUGGUUAAGAAAAGAGAAAAAGGGAGUAGAGACCUGUUAUUUCUUUGGAUGGCUCAAGCCCUUACAAAAUAUGAAUAAUAGAUUGGCUCCACAUACCUUGGGGAAAAUAAGCAGAACAUUUCAUAUGUGGCAAAUACAUGCUCGCAAGUCAGCAGCAUCACUUCCAUUGUCUGGUACCUCUCACUGUAGGAUUCAUGCACAGCAGACAGCGUGCUACAAGGCUGGCUAUAGCAGCUGGAAGCACAUCCACCACCUGAGGACCAGGAGUCGUAAAGGAUGGGUCUCCAAGGCUAGCCAGGUUAGGCAGCGGCUUGGACUCCACACAAGCACCCUGUAUUUGAACACUUCAACCUCAAAGUGGUCUGCUGGUCUGAGCCAACACAUGUCAAGGGUCAGGAGCACACUAGACACAGUUUCUAAAGCUGUGAGUGGGACACACACAGAUCUUCUGGCCAAAAUUGCCCGACUCAAACCUAACGCUUUAAAGGCUGGUAAAAAUGCUGAGGCCAGUAUUGAGUCAACAGCAAAUGCUGAGGAGAAUGCAGUCACACCUAUUCCUGCUGCCACUUCUACAUCUACCGCAGCCCAACCUGUAGUAAACUCAUCAUCUGCCAAUCCGUCUCUUUCCAAUUCUGCUGCUACACUUGAUGCAAGUGCCACUACCUCCACUCAUCCUCACAGUUCUACCCAAGCAGCUGUCCCUGCCACAAUCCCAGCAGUGCAUGAGGUUAAAGAGAAAAGACUGAGACGUGUUGUUCCCGCUGUCAAAGCUACUUGUGCCAGGAAGAAAGAGGAGCUUCCACCUUCACUGAAGGAGACAGAGAGCAAAAGCACAACUUCCAAACAAAACACAGCACUUUUCCAUCCCAGCACGUUGUCAGUUAGCCUGGAUGAGACUUACACCUACCUAGCCCAUCACAUCAACUCAUACUUUGGCAACAUUACAAAGACUCAGGAUAAAAAAGGGAGCAGUGUUGAAAAGUCCUCCAUUUCCUCUCAGGAUCAACAAACCUCAGACCUCAUCACAGUGUCCGGUAAAACAGAAUCGGCCGCUCCGGUUACCCCGCCUUCGUCCAGGAAGGGUUUAGGACAGUACCUUUCCUAUUCUGCUCCCACUGUGCAAGCAUUUGUUGGGAACUACAUUGCUACUCUUGUUCCUAAGUUCAGGACAGCAGAUCCCAAAAAUGCUGCAGUGGAGGAGAAGAAGCCUGAAGAUGUGUCAGUAAAACAGGUUGAGGCCACAGUCAGUAAGGAGCAGAAGGCUGCAGAGGAGAAAGCCAAGAAACUUCUGCUUCAAAGGGAAAAGAUUAUUGCCAGGGUGAGUGUGGACAAUCGAACUCGGGCUCUGGUCCAGGCUCUCCACAGGGCAUCAGAUGUGAGGGUCUAUAUCAACAGAGUGGAGGACCUAAGUUACCACCUCUUGGAAUUCCCAGAGACUUGUGGCGUUGCGGUCAAGGAGAAGGUUAUCCCUUGUCUCCUCCGUCUGGAGCAGGCCAACGACCCUGGCCUGAGAGCAGCAGUUCGAGAAGCUCUCGCUCUUGUGGGCUAUCAUAAACCCGUUAAAGGCCGGGGCAUACGGAUCCUGUCCAUAGAUGGGGGAGGUUUAAGGGGACUUCUUGCCCUUCAGACUCUACAUAAGCUGGAAGCCUUGACCGGCAAGCCCAUCUACAAGCUGUUUGAUUAUAUUUGUGGUGUCAGCACAGGUGCUAUCCUUGGGUUCAUGCUGGGUGUGUUUCAAGUCCCACUGAAAGAGUGUGAUGUUCUUUAUCGGAAGCUGGGUUCUGAUGUUUUCAAGCAGAAUGUGAUUGUCGGCACGGUGAAGAUGGGCUGGAGCCAUGCUUUCUAUGACAGCGAAGCCUGGGAGAACAUCCUCAAAGAGAAAAUGGGCUCUCAUCUCCUGGUGGAGACUUCAAGAAACCCUGAAUGCCCCAAGGUGGCAGCUGUGAGCACCAUUGUGAACCGAGGCACUUCUCUGAAGGCGUAUGUGUUCAGGAACUACAACCUGCUGCCCGGGUUGCGCUCGCACUACCUGGGGGGCUGCCAGCACCAGCUGUGGCAGGCCAUCCGUGCCACUUCAGCAGCCCCUGGGUAUUUCCAGGAGUUCCCUCUGGGGAAUGAUCUCCACCAGGAUGGAGGUCUGUUGAUCAACAACCCCACUGCACUUGCCGUCCACGAGUGUAAGUGUUUGUGGCCUGAUACGCCCUUGGAGUGUGUGGUCUCACUCGGUACAGGCCGCUUCGAAGCUCCCAGCAAGAACAGCAAGACGUAUACAAGCCUCAAAACCAAACUCACCAACGUCAUCAGCAGUGCCACAGACACUGAGGAGGUUCACGCCAUGCUCGACGCUUUCCUACCUCCAGACACUUACUUCCGCUUCAACCCCCACAUGAGCGAAGAUAUAUCCCUGGAUGACAACCGGCAGGAGAAGCUCAACCUGCUGCAGGCUGAGGGCGUCCGGUAUCUGGAGAGGAACGAAGAGAAGCUGAACAAAGUUGCUCGCAUCCUCACCCGUGAGAAAAGCUCCAUCCAGAGGAUGUCUGAGUGGGCAAGGCUCAGAGCUGACAUGUAUAACAGCCUGUCCUUUAACUCUUCCAGGUUUUAGAUCCAACACAAGCCACAUUUCCAUAACCAACAUAUCCACUGAAUGUCUUCCAUUAAAACUGCUCACAAUAGGUGAUGUUUCAAUGUGUCAUAGUUGUUGGCUUCCUGACCUGUAAGUCUGAAGAACAUUGUGUAAAUACACAUGUUGGUGAUGUGUCCAACAUGCCAAAUGCUACGUAGCCCUUAAUUCCCCACUGAUACUUUAAUGGUGAUUUUAGUGUUAAUGUGCCAGCAGCUUUGGCAGUCGGCACAUUCACAAUUUCCACAGCCAAAAUUUGCUGGAGUUGCCGUUGGUGUGUAGCCCUCAUGUCAGCAUAGUUGUAUUCAAACAAUAUGUUUCAGACGACUUGUGGAUUUGUCAGCUUCAUAGUAAAUGCAUUCACAGGAACAGUUCAAACAUUUUGGGGCAAUAUGCUUUUUACCUUGCUUGCUACGACCCAUGCCACUAUUGUAUGAUAAAUAUAAGUUCCUUAGAAUACAGGCUGGAAUCAGAAAAACAGAAUGUCUGUCUCUUUCUCAAGGGGACAAAAUACACCUACUUAGCCGUUUCCCUAUUACUAGUCUUUAUGCUACGUUAAGCUAACUGGCUGCUGGCAGCAGCCACAAAAUUGCUGUACAGAUAAGUGAGAAUGAGAGCAUGCCUCCUAAAAUAGUCCUUUCAAAAGCAGAACUCAAACGCCGUCCUACAGCAGGAACAGUUCUCCCCAAGUGAGCACUUUGUAACCAUUUGCUUUCCUUUACGGUAUUUUUUUAUGACAACCACUCUAUGCUCAUGAACCCGUUUCUUUACCUGUUACUGUCACAGAAAAAAAAUGUACAAAUGGGCUUUAUGCUUGAAGUAUUUCUCAUAUUUGCUAAGCUGUAAUUAGCCUGUAACACUGUAAAACUUAAUUGUAAAGAAAUUACAGGGAAGAUAAUAUUUUUGUAAGCUAAUUGCGGUCAAUCUGAGCAUCUAAUGCAAGUGACAUUUCUCAGUUGUAAUGACAAUUAUUUGCACAUUCAAGCUAUGUAAUUAUAUAUUGAUGACACUAACAUUGGUACGCGAGGGCCCACGACAAGCACUACAGUGUUAUAUAUGAUUGUUAUAUGCAUAUCGUGAUAAAUGAUAACGAUUGAAAUGAAUAGUAGCUAUAUACUUUAAAUGUGGAUGCAAAUUAAGCCUCACUGUCACGACGAUAUGUCUUUUAUGUAUUAUUUUAGCCUCGGAGUAUUUUAAGUUCAGUUGUUUCCAAAGCUUUUAUCACCGUGUGCUUGAUUGUUUGGUUUUAUGGAUUCCCCACAGGCUAUUCACAUUUUCGGCUCUGUCUUUAGCGUGCCCUCUUUCCCUUUGAUGCCGUUUCUCAAAAGCCUCUUUCGCCCUUUCUACCUUGAAGUGCUGUGUUUUAGUCCCCGCUCUGCUGUACUAUAGUGUUUGUUGAAAUCAUGCAGGUUGUAACUAAAGCCCUGCUUUAAAACAGAUGGCUGCUCAUUGAGCUGUUAUGGUGGCGAAUUAUCUUCAUAUGCUGCUACGUGUACUGCACUGCAGAUGUCUGUUUUCAUGCCUAACCUGGUCAAGUACUGUACAACAAUGUGUUGAUCACUCCCAGAGGACCUGAAAUAAAAUGGACGCAGAUACCUCCCAGAUUAAUAUAAUUCCACUGUUCUCCUGUUGGUCCUGUGUAAAGACUGUUCAAGAGUGUAAUUAAAACCUGUCACGGAA